AUGACUGAGGAUCAUGCAGAUUGGCUUGUACGAAAAAGUCGACGUUAUCUACCUCAUAUAGCUAGAUUCUGUCUCGUGUCUACAUUUAUUGAAGAUGGUUUUCGACUUUUAACUCAAUGGUCUGACCAAGUGGAUUAUAUCCAAUCUGUUUGGGGAACCCAUGUCAUAUUUGCAGCCUUUUUCAUUUUAUUGAACAUCUGCUUACAGUUUAUUGGAAGUGCUUUUGUCUUGGGUCGUUAUCGAGUAAAAAUUGGCGUUGGAAUUCUUAUGUCAACUGUAUUAUUACAAACUAUUGGUUAUAACAUCUGGACAAAAGUAUUCUUUAUGCGUAAUCUAUCACUUAUUGGUAGUUUAUUAUUAUUAUUAGCUGAAGUACAACAAGAAACACGUAGUCUAUUAGCUGGUCUACCAUCAUCUGGUGAAAAUACACAUCGACAAUAUAUUCUACUUGGUGGUAGAAUACUUAUUAUUCUAAUGUUUGUCACACUAAUUCAUUUAGGUAGUAGUAUAUUCUAUGUUAUACAAUCCAUUAGUAAUUUAAUCUUAAUUCUAUUGGUGGCAAUUGGUUAUAAAACAAAACUUUGUGCAACAGUAUUAGUUAUUUGGUUAACUGGUAUGAAUUUUUAUUAUAAUCGAUUUUGGGCUGUUAGUAAUGAUAGUUUAAUGUGGGAUUUUUUAAAAUAUGAUUUCUUUCAAACAUGGUCAGUUAUUGGUGGUUUAGGUUUAGUUGUUGCAUAUGGACCAGGUGGUGUUAGUGUAGAUGAUUAUAAAAAGAAAUGGUAAUAACAAUAUAUAUAUGAACAUUACAUUCUAUGUUUGUUCUGAUCGUUGUGGAAUAGUAAUAGUCGUAGUAGUUCAUGUAUACAUGAAAUGAUGUAUAUCAUAAUUACUACCUGAUAAUAACAAUAAUAAUGUACUUGUUUGAUUAGUUCUUUUCUCUUUCAUCUUGUAAACUGUCCAUUUCCUUUAUUGGUUAUAUAUAUAUAUACUGGUCAACAAAUGGAAUAAUAAUAAUAGAAUGUAAUUAUUUUGCAACUCUAUAAAAAGAACUAUUCUAUAUGUUCUCUUAUUUACAAGUUCAUAUUGUCUUUUGUUCAUUCAUUAAUUUAUGUUCAACGUUAU